AUGACAGCGGACGACUCACUUGGCAACGUUUUAGUGUUGGGAGGUGUGGGUGUCAUUGGUAGACACUUUGUUCAAUAUAUUCUCGACAAAAAGUUGGCUGACGAUGUUCGAGUGGUCGAUAAAAUGCUCCCACAAACCGCCUUUUUAUCGGCUGAACAUAAGCUUAUGUUCGAAAAAGUGGAUUUCAAACAAAGCAACCUGAUCAAUCCAGAUGCUAUUGCGUCGUGCUUUGACAGAGACGAUGGUCGAGAAUUCGAUUGCGUGUUCAAUUUCGCUGGUGAGCCUAAAUACUCGCAGUCUCCCGAGGUCUACGAGAAACGCAUUUACAUGCUGUCCGUUAAUUGCGCCAAGGAAGCUGUGAAACGUAACGUGAAAGCUUUUAUCGAAAUGUCUUCUUGCGAAGUGUAUGGCGAAAAUGAGAAACCGUCGGAUGAAAUGGCUAAAAUCAAACCAUGGACAGCGAUGGCCAAAUACAAAUACAAAGUAGAAGAAGCACUAAGAGCAAUGCCAGGCCUGAAUUUGGUUGUUCUGCGAUCUGCAUUUGUUUACGGUCCCGGCACGUAUCUUGGAUUAACUCCUCGUUUGAUUAUGGGUCGUAUCUAUAAAUACCUCAACGAAGAAAUGAAGCUGUUAUGGUCGGGAGAUCUGAAAAUGAACACUGUGCACAUCGACGAUGUCGUGAAAGCCUGUUGGUACACCGCCCGCUGGUAUAUUAAAAACAAAAAAUAUCAAGUUGAGCCGAAAGAAGCCAUCACGUUCAACCUCGUUGACAAGCAAGAUACAGAUCAAGAAUUUGUCAACGGCUUCCUACGCGACAUUUACAAUAUCCAGACAGGCUACUACAAUACCUUGAUUUGUACUUUUGCAAAGAUGAACUUGAGUUCAAUUACGGAUGAUAUCAACGAAAAGCAUCUGGCGCCUUGGGCUAAACUGCUGGAAAAAUCCAAAAUUGUCGCUUCACCCCUGUCACCAUACCUCGAUGAAGAGUUUCUGCAAAAUCACAGUCUGCACGCGGACGGAACAAAGAUCGAAUCUAUCGGCUUCACUUACUCGUAUCCGUAUAUUACGCGCGAGAAUGUCAUCCGAAUUAUCGACGAUUUCAAAGCGCAAGGUUUAUGGCCGCAAGACGAUUAA